GAUCACCACAGCCUCGCCCCUCUGCCUUUGCGCCUCAGCUCCAGCUUCUCUCUCUCUGUCUGUCUCUCUCUCUCUCGCUCUCUUCCCUCUCUCUCUCUCCGGCACGAUGGCCAGCAAGCGCGGUGUCAACGUCCUGAGCAAGGCCGUCUACAUUGUGGCAGCCAAGCGUACGCCCUGCGGUGCGUUUGGUGGUUCCUUCAAGGAUCUGACCGCGACCCAGCUUGCGACCGUCGCCACCAAGGAUGCGCUGGCCAGUGGCAACGUCGACCCCUCUCUCAUUGACACGAUCCACGUUGGCAACGUUCAGCAGACCUCGACCGAUGCCUCGUACAUGGCGCGCCACAUUGGUCUGCACGCUGGCUGCAACAUCGAGACCCCGGCCCUGACCCUCAACCGCCUCUGCGGCAGUGGUUUUGAAGCCGUCGCUCAAGCCGCUCGUGACAUUGUGCUUGGCGAGGCCGGCGUCAGCUUGGCUGGUGGUGCCGAGAACAUGAGCCAGGCCCCCUAUGCCGUGCGCAACAUCCGCUUUGGUACCAAGCUGGGCACCAGUCCUCAAAUGGAGGAUACGCUCUGGGCUGGUCUGACGGACCAAUACUGCAACACCCCCAUGGGCGUGACUGCGGAGAACUUGGCCGAGGAUUACGCCAUCACUCGUGACGACUGUGAUGCCUUUGCUCUGCGUAGCCAGCAGCUCUGGGGCAAGGCCCACGAGGCCGGCAUCUUCUCUCGUGAGAUGGCCCCCGUGGAAGUUCAGAAGCGCCGCAAGACGGUUGUCGUUGAUACGGACGAGCACCCCCGCCCGGAGACUCGCCUCGAGGACCUGGCCAAGCUGCCCACCGUCUUCAAGAAGUCGGGUGUCGUCACGGCUGGCGGCAGCUCGGGCAUUUGCGAUGGUGGUGCUGCCCUCAUCCUCGCCGAUGAGGACUCGGUCAAGGCGCACGGCCUCACACCCCUGGCUCGCGUUGUCGGCUACUCGACGGCUGGCGUGCCCCCCACGCACAUGGGUAUCGGCCCUGUUCCGGCCACCGAGAAGCUCCUUGCGGCCGCGGGUCGUACCAUUGCUGACGUUGACCAGGUGGAAAUCAAUGAGGCCUUUGGCGCUCAGUGCUUGGCUGUGGCCAAGGCCCUCAACAUUGAUCACAGCAAGUUGAACAUUCACGGUGGUGCCAUCGCCAUUGGCCAUCCCCUGGGCAUGUCUGGUGCUCGCAUCCUGACCCACCUUGCCCACUGCCUCGCCAACGACGACAACACCAAGCUGGCUCUUGGCACUGCUUGCAUCGGUGGCGGCCAGGGUAUUGCCGUGCUCCUGGAGAAGGCAUAA